UCCGUGACAUCACCGGAGUGACAGGGCAGCCGUGUGGGAGGAGGGGGACGACGAGGAGGAGGAGGAUCUCUCCCCGCAAGACAAGCUUACUUUGCCCUUUGCGGGAGAUGGGAUUCAGCCUCCGCUAACCCGCCGAGAGACGAGCAGGGACGAGGGGAGGACGCGUCGUGAACACGCCGAAAUCCUCCGCAGCCAGGAUUACCUGCGGGCCAUGGGCGCCGUCGUCUAGCGGACUUGUCGGAGGGUUUCCCGGGUUCGCGCGCUCGCGGCGGAGCGGACCUCUUGGUGCGACUGCAGGCGGCUCUGGAGGAAACCAUAUCUGGUCAAAGUAUUCGUUGCUGUCACCCAGCGGGACCGUCCGGCUAUAAAUAGCGCUGGAGGAGGUCUCUCUCUCUUUCCCAGGAGCACGUCAGGCACUUGGCUGCCUUUGCUGUUAUUUUACCCCUGAGCUUGGGGUCAUUGGAGUUUAAUUUUUUUCUCAAAGCCCACGGUCUUCCAGACUCCUGAUCUACAUUUUGUCUUCUUUUUUAUUGGCGUAGAGGGGUUAUUGAGGUGUGCUGUCCACCAUGUCGGUGCUGAGGAAGGAGAUGGAGAAGUACAGGGACAUAGACGAGGACGAGCUGCUGACGAAACUCUCAGAGGAAGAGCUGCAGCGGUUAGAGGAUGAAUUAGAGGAGCUGGAUCCCGAUAACGCUCUGUUGCCAGCCGGGAUGCGACAGAAGGACCAGACUAAGAAAGCCCCGACAGGAAUGUUUCAGCGAGAUAACCUCCUGGCCCAUCUGGAGAAACAGGCCAAGGAGCAUCCUGACAAAGAAGACCCGGUGCCCUUCACCGGGGAGAAGAGGGGUAAAGCCUGGGUGCCUAAAAAGAUCGUGGACCCCAUCAUGGAGAGCGUGACUCUAGAGCCAGAGCUAGAAGAGGCCCUGGCGAGUGCUUCUGAUGCCGAACUGUGUGAUAUUGCAGCCAUCCUGGGUAUGCACACCCUGAUGAGUAACCAGCAGUACUACGAAGCCCUGGCCAGCAGCACCAUAGUCAACAAGCAAGGCCUCAACAGUGUGAUCCAGUGCACCCAGUAUAAGCCAGUCCCUGAUGAGGAGCCCAACUCCACUGACGUAGAGGACACUCUGCUGAGAAUAAAGAGGAACGACCCCGACCUGGUUGAAGUCAACCUGAACAACAUCAGGAACAUCCCCAUCCCAGUUCUGAAGGCGUACGCUGAGGCUCUGAUGAAGAACACUGUGGUGGAGAGGUUCAGUAUCGUAGGGACAAGAAGCAAUGACCCCGUAGCGUUUGCCCUGGCAGAGAUGUUGAAGGUGAACACCACGCUGAAGAGCCUCAAUGUUGAGUCCAACUUCAUCACAGGGACUGGAAUCCUGGCCCUCAUCAAGUCACUGCAGUACAACACCACGCUACAUGAGCUCAAGAUAGACAAUCAGAGCCAGCCGCUAGGCAACAAGGUGGAGAUGGAGAUAGCCAGCAUGCUGGAGAAAAACACCACGCUGCUGAGGUUUGGCUACCACUUCACCCAGCAGGGCCCUCGCCUCCGAGGCUCCAACGCCAUGAUGAACAACAACGACCUGGCCCGGGUCGUCAGGUCAGAGUCGGACGGCUCCUUCACCCUCACUCUGUCUGUACCUGAGCUGGAGAUGGCCUUCGGGAAAAAGUUCAAGUCCAAGACUAAGUAUUGAAAUUAAGAAAGAGAAGGCUUGAGGGAGGACCCAUCUUCCCGAAGUGUCGGACGAAUGUGUAAUAACCAGGGUUACCUUCAAUUCUCCGUUCCUCCUUGACCCCCAUCCUCUUUCCGGUGCCUCGACUCGUGAGCCCUCUUCAGCCUCACACCCUCAGAAGACCAUGACCACCACAUCAGGUUCAGUUCAGGGUUUGGAGGAAAAUCUCUGAACUCUCUCCGCUUACCUGACUUUUUAAGUAGACAUUAGAGGAUCCAAUGGGACUUAUCCUCAGUGUCCUUCUGAGCUUUCAGUGCAUGCUAAAAAUAGGUACAUUUUUUUUGUGGUCUGAAAUUUGUAUUUUGAAUCGGAUUCUGGGCUUGGACAACCAUAUCCACAGAUCUUUGUACAAACUCGGUCUCAUCUUGAAUCCUUAAGUAUCUCAUGAAGUGUCUAGACUCCAUAUUAAAAGGAUUUAAGGUCUGUUUUUUUAAUGGGGGCCAAUUUGAAAGGCGACAGGCCACUUUUAGCAAAUCCCUUUUCCUAUUGAGUUGAUUUAAUAAUUCUAAUGAUGUCAUUACUGUCGUUCCCAACAGUUUCUGAUGUUACUUCAACGUCGACGUACAAGCUAUUUCCUACCAAUUAUACACCAAUGUCCCAUUUGACAGACAAAAUUAAAAAAAAAACCUUUGAAGAAAACUAUAAUGUCACAUUUUGAACCUGUGGUGAAAGUGUGAUGUGACAGCCUUUUUUCCUGCUCGGUCUAAACAGUAUUUCAGGGACUAUCUGUCCUCAAAUACUAAGCUAUACAGAUACUUCAGUAACAGACAGAUUCAUAAACCCGGCUACUGUGAGAUUUGUCGUUAUAUAUAUAGAUUAUAUUUAUUUGUGACAGACCUGGGAAAGUGUUGGCAUCUAUUCAAAUGUUUGGAUCAAAUCAAAGGCUGGAUAGUGAAACUUUACACUGUUCCAUUAUCCGGUUCAGCAGUCUCUACCCUGAAAUCCUGUUGGCUGGGAAUUACAACUGCCAAAUCAAGUGUCUUUUACUGAAAUCAAAUUUUCUAUGAACCCACUAUAACAUAUUCAGCAUCUUGUGAUUUAGAAUUAAUUGUCCACAGUCAACUAUGUAACUGCAAUAAGAACCCAAACAGCCCACACACAUUUGAAUAGACUUCUGCUUCACUUUCAACCAGGUCUGGUUUGUUGACUGUUUGUGUUUGUGUUUUUAUUUACUGGAGCUGAAAAGUGUGAUUUAAUAUGAAGUGAUUGGUACUGUUUAUUACAGGUUUCACAUUAAUGCCUCAAUUGAGGUUUUGGAGUAUUUCAGUAACGGAUGUUAAAACCACAGAUUUAAAAACACAGGAAACCUCUAAUGUCUUUACAGCUGUCAGAUUAUACAGAUCCACUUUAUUUGAAUAAGGAAAUGUUCACUGAUGAAUUGCAGUUUCAAAAUGUUUAUCACCUGUGAUGGGUCUUAAAUCAACCACUGAACAUCUGAAAUAUGGUAUUACACAGGUUCUUGGUUUGAUCCCUUAAAGAGUUUAUAAUGGAAAUGUUCUGAUCAUCAAAUACACAUUGAUGUCGUUGUUACGAACUCCACGCCCAGCUAUUUGUUGGUGAUGACAAACGCUGCUGUUUAUCUGGCAACACUUAACGGGAUUGACUUUCACAUUAAAAUCAACAGCACAAUGAUAAAACAAGAGUGUUGGUUACUAUCUAACCACAAACUCAAACUAAAUUGUUGCCCUCUCCAGUCAAAAUCUCCAGAAAUUGUCUGCACACUGUUAUUUUUUUUAGAAGCUCCAGGUGAGAUGGGUCUGCCUCUUCCUGCUUCAGGAAAAUAUGUAAACUACAAGUUGCAGACUUGACAGUAAAUCUCUUCCUAGCGUCCACGUUUCCUUGAUAUGAACAACUGUACACGAUACUGACACGAACACUGACACUGAGAUUUAAAAAAAGAAAGAAAGCCUGACACCAUGUUUAUGGGUUAGAUAACCCAUUUAAUGUCAUCACUGCUUUGGUACUGUAUCGUCAGUGCUGUGCGUGUUGUUCGGCAAAUGUUAAUUGUGGGUGUAAACAUUUGUAAGACAAUAAGUCAUUGAAUGCUGAAGGGGGCAAGGACCCUGCCCCUGCCACUCUUUUCUUCUGUCUAGUGUUCUCAGAUAUUUUAGUGCUUGACUCGUGUUCUGUUAGAUAGUUCACCUUUUUUUUGGGGGGGGGGGGGGGGUUCAAUUUCGAUUAGGAGACAAAUAAAGCUUGAAAAUACAAUUCA